CAAAGCGCAAGAGUGGAAGUACCAGUGAGAUCACCCCAAAAUCCGACUCAUCCAAAACUUCUCUAUCUUCAUCGCGGUUUUCAUUUUCAACUUCGCAAACUUUUUUAUUCACUCCUUUUUCUUUAACAAAGCAAAACACUUCUUCUCUCUGUUUGUAUUUUUUUCACUUGUUUCUUAUUACAGAGCAUGACAACAGUUAUGGAUAUGUACGAUAACAGUAGCAUCGUGCUAUCAGAUUUCUUAGACCCAUGCAAUGAUCAAGAGCUUAUGAAAGCGCUUGAACCUUUCAUGAAAACCGAUUCCUCCAUAACUUACCCUUCCUUAUCUUCUCCAAACUUUUCCUCAGGCUAUGACCAAAAGCCUCUAAACCAAGCUAGUUCCUUCAAACUCAACCAACUCACCCCAUCUCAAACAUUCCAGAUUCAAGCCCAAAUCCAGGUUACACGAGCCCAGUUCCUCAGCCCAAAGCCCGUUCCCAUGAAGCAGGUGGGUGGUGGUCGUGUUGUUUCCAGGCCCACAAAGCUUUACCGUGGGGUGAGGCAGAGGCACUGGGGCAAGUGGGUGGCUGAGAUCAGACUCCCCAAGAAUCGCACUCGUCUCUGGCUUGGUACAUUCGAAACCGCUGAAGAAGCAGCUUUGGCAUACGACAACGCAGCGUUCAAACUCAGAGGAGAAAACGCGAGGCUCAACUUCCCUCAUCUACGUCACCACGGACCAAGCGUCUACGGUGAGUUUGGGACCUACAAGCCUCUCCCCUCUGCAGUGGACGCCAAGCUCCAAGCCAUUUGUCAAAGCUUGGCCGUCACCACACACAAGGAAGAAACAGCAACAACAUCGGAGUUUGAGGAUGUUAAGGUGGGGAUUCAGACAGCAUCCUCGCCCUUGACGGAUGAAUAUUCCUCCUCCUCCUCCUCUUCUUCUUCUGCUGGCUCCUCUUCACCUGAAUCCGAUAUCACUUUCUUGGAUUUCUCGGAUUCUUAUGAAGCAAUGGACAAUCUUGGGUUGGACUUGGAGAAGUACCCUUCUGUGGAGAUUGAUUGGGCAGCUUUAUCUGAGUCAUCAUAGUUAUCACUGUUCUCUCUGUUGAAUAUUGGUUUAGGGUUUCCGUGCUUUUGUAUUUAGGUUUUUUUUUUUGUGCGUCUUGGGCAGCCACUGCAAUCAAACUUUUAACUGUUGCAGUUGCUUUAGUGCAGAUAGGUGAGUCACAGUGGUCAUGGUUUUCUUGGUCCGCUGGUGUUUUUUUAUUCCUUGCGUGACCAGGGGAGCUUCUACUUCUCUUGUGUACUUCUUUCUUCUUCCAAUGUAAUUUAAGUUAAGUACCUUAGUAAUACAAGAUUUCGAACUUAUUGUAAA